AAUCCACUCGUAGUAACUAGUGGAGUGGAUAGUACUGAUUUGAGCAUAACUAACAUUGUUUCUCCCGUCUUCCAUAUUCACCCUCUUGGAUCUGCUUCACUCUCUCUUCAACAUCUUCUACCUACGUUCUCUACUAAUAUGAACAAUUAACAAUUAUUAUCACAAAUAUUACUAGUAUUUUAUUUAAGAGUAGAUCGGCAUCGCCGUUUUCUCUCUACUCUGAAACCCUAGUUAGAUCAGAUCUCACCUCCAUGGCCAUGGCGGCACGAAAACCUCGCAACCGUGAAAUGCUUUUCGACUCCGUCAUCGCUCUCGUCUUCAUCCUCGUCGCCUGCGUCGACUUCUGUGACGGCGCUACUGUUGUUGACGUUUACCGCCUAAUCCAAUACGACAUGUCCGGUGUUCCUUUCGGAUCUCGACUCGCUAGCCUUAAUCACCACGCCGCUUCUCUCCACUUCUCUCCUCAUGCCGAUCUCUCUCGCACUGUUCUUCUUAUACCUCUUCGUGAACUCAACAUGUCCUUUGUUCAAGAGUACAUUGUUGCUGGCAAGCCUCUGGGGGGUUUAAUAUUUUUGCUGCCCCAGAUGUUCAAUUUUGAAAACAAAGGUGGUGUGGGAAGUAAUGGUGAUGAUGAGAGCAAAGAACUGCUGAAGAAUGUGCUGGCUGAGCUUGAACAAAUACUUAUACACACCAGCUUACCUUAUCCUGUUUAUUUUGCUUUUGAGGAUGACAACAUUGAUGCUGUGUUAUUGGAUAUCAAGAAGAAUGAUGCAUCUGGUCAGCCUGCCACUGCAACUACUGGCGGGUACAAAUUUGUUGUUUCAGCCACUGAGCCAAAAAAAGUUGGAUCUCCACCCAUUACAAAUAUUCAGGGAUGGUUGGCAGGGCUGAAGACAGAUGGUGAUUCACAUCAAUUACCCACCAUUGCCAUAGUGGCAUCAUAUGACACCUUUGGGGCUGCUCCGGCAUUAUCAGUGGGAAGCGAUAGUAAUGGAAGUGGCAUUGUGGCUCUUCUCGAAGUAGCUAGAUUGUUUUCUCUUUUAUAUUCUAAUCCGAAGACAAGAGGACAAUACAAUUUGCUUUUUGGGCUAACGUCUGGUGGGCCUUACAACUACAACGGAACCCGUAAGUGGCUUCAGAGCUUUGAUCAACGUCUGCGUGAGAGCAUUGACUAUGCGAUUUGCUUAGAUAGUAUUGGCUCAUGGGAAAAUGAAUUAUGGAUUCAUGUAUCUAAACCUCCAGAAAAUGCCUUUAUUAAGCAAAUUCUAGAAGAUUUUUCAAGUGUUGCAGAAGAGUUGGGUGUCCAAGUUAAUCUGAAGCAUAAGAAAAUAAAUAUUUCAAAUUCUCGAGUAGCUUGGGAGCAUGAACAGUUUUCAAGGCUGAGAGUUACGGCUGCUACCCUCUCUGAACUAUCUACAGCACCUGAAUUGCUAGAGAGCACUGGUGGUUUGCUUGAUGGCAGGCAAUUUGUCAAUGAAGCGGCUAUUGUCAGGAGUGUGAAACUAAUUGCCGAGUCUCUUGCGAAGCAUAUUUAUGGGCAUCAAGGAAAAAACGUACAGAUUUUUGCAGACAACAGUAACUUGGCUGUAAAUCCUUCUUAUGUUAGAUCAUGGUUAGAUGUUUUGUCGCGAACACCUCGAGUAGCACCAUUUUUGUCAAAAGACGAUCCUUUUAUUACGGCAUUGAAAAAGGAAUUAGAAGAUCAUACAGAUGAAGUUAAUGUGCAAAGAGAAAUACUAGAUGGGAUGUUCACUUUCUAUGAUUCAACUUCGGCAAAGUUGAACAUAUAUCAGGUUGCCAGCGUCACAUUUGACUUACUGUUGCUUCUAGUGUUGGGUUCAUAUUUAAUUGUGCUCUUCAGUUUCUUGGUCAUCACUACUAGGGGUCUUGAUGAUCUAAUCAGUUUAUUUCGGCGGCCUCCUUCUAGAAAAGUGAAGACUGCAUAAUCACAGGCCGGAGUGUGCUCUCAUGUUUGGUCUACGUAGUUCUCUUGUUUUAAUUAAAUUCAAUAGUUUCUUAGGUUGGAAUUUCUAUUGAAAAGCUUUGUAGCGUAUUUAUUCAUCAGCUAUUAAAUUCGGUUAGUUAGAGGUUAAAAACAGCAAAAUGUUUUUUGGCUGUGCUAAAUUAAGAACGCCAAAAUUUUGAUA